AUGGCGGACACGAAGAACGGCGAAGGUGAGGCUCCGUCUUCGACGGCUGGGGAUCAGUCGAAUGCACCAUCACCGCGCAACGAAGAUGACGCGCAAAGCAAUCAACAGCAUCAACCCAGCGCUGCAUCAGAAGUAGCGCCUUCGAAAUCAACUAGCAAGGCUUCUACCAGAAACUCGACACCUGCUGCUUCUUUGGAAGUACGGGAGCCUGCACAAAACCCCAACGACGCGUCUUCUGCCAUGGACGACGUGCAACCAUCACCCGAGGCGGCCAACGUCGCUUCAAAUCAGUCCAAAGCAUCGUCAAAGGAGCCAGAUCAAAACGGUGAGGCGCUAUCGUCAUACGGUACGCGAUCGCGCGGCCGUCCUGGCAGGUCGCGACCUAAUUAUGCUGAGGACACCGAAAUGGACUUCGAAAUGGGAGCUGCAGCCACAAAUGGCAACGCAUCUGAUCCGCCGUCGCGUAAUUCUGUGGCUCCCGAAAACGGCCAAUCUGCCAGUGUGGGUGGGAAGAAAGGUUCCGCCUCUGCACAAGGCAAUGCAUCGUGGGGUAAUUCCGGAACCAACACUAAAGAGACCGCGCCGAAUCCUAAUGUUUCCGGCACAUCAGCAACAGCUGCAUCGACUCAAUCAAGCACACCACAACCACAGCCCGCAACCAAACGACGCAAAAAUGCUGCUGCGAAUGGCGCAAAUGGUAGUCACGCGAGUGCCGCUGCGCCAAGCCAAGCAGGGGCGAAGCGCGGAAGCCAUGCCAGCGCCAUGGUAGCCGCCAACAGCGCGCGAGAGACCAACAUGAUGACGUUCGAAAACACGGGCGCUUUCCUCAAGGACGGUCAUUUGGAAGCCGACGAUGGCCAAAUUCUUUCAGUCAACGAUCAGGUGUACCUCGUGUGCGAGCCGCCCGGCGAGCCUUACUACCUCUGCCGGGUUAUGGAAUUUAUCCAUGUCGACAAUGACCCCAAGAAGCGGAUAGAGUCCAUGCGAGUCAAUUGGUUCUACCGCCCACGAGAUGUCCAGCGCUACAACAAUGACACUCGUCUGGUCUACGCGACCAUGCACUCCGAUCUAUGCCCUCUGGCGUCUUUACGAGGAAAAUGCCAGAUCUUGCAUCGGAGCGAAAUCGGCGAUCUUGACGAGUACCGCAAAACUAAAGACAGCUUCUGGUUCAACCAGGUUUUUGACCGCUUCAUUCAUCGCUGGUACGAUGUCAUCCCCGUCUCAUCGGUCAUCAACGUACCCGACAAGGUCAAGAAGGCCCUGGACGAGCGGUGGAAAUACAUCUGUCUCGAGACGAGUCGGGUAAAGGAACUGACAAGCGCUGUCAAGAGCUGCAAGCGUUGUGUUGGAUAUUGCGCAGCGAAUGACUCUGUUGAGUGCGCCGUCUGCCACAACACCUAUCACAUGAACUGCGUGCGCCCACCACUACUCAAAAAACCAUCUCGCGGUUUUGCGUGGGCUUGUGGCCCAUGUAGUAGAGCUCAAGAGAAGAAGUUGGAGGCCCGUCUGGGUACCCAUCACGAAGAUGCCGAAGAGGAAGAAGUCAUAGAUGAGGAAGAGGAGGAAGCAAGCGGCGAUACCAAUGCAGACACACCGGACCCCGAUUCCCAAGUCGACACACAUCCUGCAACCCAGGCCGAGAUUGCUUUGGCUAAGAUGUGGCCUAUGCGAUAUCUUGGCAUACACUGCCGUGUAGAGGACGCACUGCAGUACGACGAUCGGGCCAUUUACCCUCGCGCAAGUUCUCGGCUGGGACCUCGACACCAAGCAAACGUCAACGUCUGGCAUGGACACCCUGUGGAACUAGUCAAACCUGCGGAGAUUAAGAAACGCUACGUCAAGGCUGCGGGCAACAAGAAGGAAGGCAAGCUCUCGAAAGAGACAGUUGCCGCGAUCGAAGCAGACAAGGCGGAGAAGGCUAAGCGCCCUAAGUGGGUGAUGGACGAGCCGCCUGGUUAUGUUCGCCGUGGUGAAGACCUGCCGAACAAGGACUCCAAGUGUACCGCGGAAUUGAUGUUCAAGAUGCCCCCACUAGGAGUACACUCCACUCGAGGAGAAGACAACGCUCCCAACGUCACGGAAGAUCAAGUAAAAGCCUACAUGGAUCGGGCAAGGGCCUUGGCCAAGUCGCAUGUUGGAGUAGAACCGUACAACACGAACUUCUUGGAUCGGUGCUUGACGCUCUUCACCAAAUACCAGUACGACGCGGAUGUAGCCUUGAAGCAUGUCAAGAAGAUCGACAAGCGGAAAGACCUGAAAGAACCGGAGCUGACCAAGGAAGAAGAGAAGAAGUGGAACGAAGGUGUGGCAAAAUAUGGUUCUGAAAUCAGGCUCGUCCGCCAGCACACCAGCAAGACCAUGUUCUACGGGGAUGCCGUGCGCUAUUACUACAUGUGGAAGAAGACACCCAAAGGAAGGGAGAUCUGGGGCUCUUACAGCAGCCGCAAGGGACGCAGCAAGAAGGUCGAGCCUGACGCACAAUCCCGGCUUGUUGACGACGUAGCGGAUGCCGCAGAUGACUCGGCUUUCGACAGCGCAAAGGCCAUUCAGCGCAAGCGACUCUUCCAGUGCAAGUUCUGCACAGUUCGCCACUCUCGCCAAUGGAGACGCGCGCCUGGCGUGACGCCUGGUCAAAUGAUACCCCCGGAUGGUCGUUCCAAGGACAAAACCGGAUUCCUCAUCGCCCUUUGCCUGCGCUGCGCGAAUCUAUGGCGCAAGUAUGCAGUGACAUGGGAAAAUGUAGAUGAGAUCGCAAAGAAGGUUGCGCAGGGUGGAGGUAAGGCGUGGAAGCGUCGCAUUGACGAGGAGCUCCUACGUGAGGUCUACGCCGCGCAGUCAGAUCCCAGCUCCAAGAACCCCACUCCGGAGUACGUCGAAAUGCCGGCUGCUACCGCCCAACCGAUUCCAGAGCCACCGAAGAAGAAGCAGAAGACUGCCGCCAUCACCAACGGAGAUAGUGGAACAACAACUCCUGUCAACGAGCCUGUCUCGAAGAAGAAAGAAAAAGAGAAGGCUGCCCCGGCACCCAAGGCCCCAACGCCACCACCAGUUCCUGCGCCUCCAAAACUGAAGCCUUUGCCAUGCGGUGUAUGUCGGUCGUCGGAAGGUACGCGUCUAGAAUGCGCAGCCUGUCGGCUCACUGUUCACAAAUCUUGUUACGGUGUCGAAGAAACGCGACAGGCAAACAAGUGGUAUUGCGACCCAUGCAAGAACGACAAGAAAGAGAGCGUGUCAUAUACCUACGAGUGUGUUCUCUGUCCACAGCAGGAGACCGAGCAAGAGUUCUAUGAACAACCGAAGAUCACGCACAAGAAGCGGACGGAUCGUGAUCGCGAAAGGGAGCGCCUAGAGAAGGAGCUUAUUGACAAAGCCAAGGACGAAUAUCGCCUUCGGCAACAAGAGAAGGGUCGACCGCUUGUGCCCCGUGAACCGCUCAAGCGCACCGCUGACAACAACUGGGUGCACGUGUAUUGUGCAAUAUGGCAUCCCGAAAUCAAGUUCAGCAGCGCGACACGUCUCGACAUGGUGGAGGGAAUAGGAGCACCAACACUUCGGUACGACGCAGUCUUCAAGGUCUCUCGCAGAGAUGCCGUACCUACAGUGACUAUGAACGGAGAGACGGGUACUCUGAUCGCUGCGAUCUGGUGUAAAGACCACGCCCCCAAGACGGUUGUCCACCCAAUGAAUGAACCCGUAGAUGGAACAGAUCUGAUUGCGCUUCAGCUGUUCGCGCGGGAGUUCAAGCAGGCUGACCUCACCCUGACCGGUACCGCGCGCAAAGCCAAUUUGGUGGACCAAUCGACACGCAUCGUACCCCAAAUCGUGCCUGCGCCGGCCAACCGCCGAGCAUCUGCAGUCGCAGCGCCCACACCCACGUCAGCCCGAGGUCGACAGUCCAACGCUGGUAUAUCAGUCAAGGAAGAGUCGAGCGAGCCAGCGGCGCCCAAGCCUGAGCGCAAAUGCGUGCGCUGCAAGAUCGAAUCCAGCCCACGAUGGUGGAAACUUGACGAGGAAACAACAGCAACACAAGCGCCUCGUGUAGUAGACGGACCAAUCGACCGCGAUGGUACUGCAGACAUGAACGGCCACAUCGAGAAGAAGCCCGUAGUCGAGGAAGGCCAAAUCGUCAACAGCAAUGGCCAAGGCGAUCAGCCAAUGACGGAUGCGCCAGCCGUUGCUUCACCAGCGCACAAAACCUUGCGACUCAACACUGAUGUGGACGCUGCUCCCUCAGCUUCAUACAUGUGCCAGAAGUGUCAUUGGAAGAAACAAAAUGGCAAGGAUGAUGAGGAGGAAGAGCGAGCGAGAUCAGUAUCGAUCUUCAAAGAGCCACCACAAACGUACCCUCUGCCUGCGACUCAAAUCCCACCAUAUCCACCACCACCUGCAGCUCUAGCAGGAGGCUGGGCGAUACCAGGCGGCCCGGUACCAGGUCAGCCUCCGCCGUUGCCUUCAUGGCAUAGCGGUAUUCCUCCAGGGCCUGGGCAUCCCCCACACCACAUGCCCAACGGGAACGGUUACGGGCCACCACCACUACAAGCUCCACCUGUUGGCCACAUUCCUGCGUUCCACGCGCCAUACCCGCCUCAGCCGAACGGUUACUCAGCCUUUUCAGGCGCACCGAUGCACUCGGCGAUAGCAGCGGCAGGGCUUCGGCCACCGUACUCUGGACCACCCAUUAGUGGACCUCCCCAGCUACACCACAACAACGGCGCCAUGAUGGUCAACGGGGCUAUGCAAUCACCACGGACAAUGCCCUAUUCUCCAACCCAUCCUCACGCACAUCCUGCGUCGCGUGAAAGCCCUUUCACUGCUCCUCCUCCAGUAGCACAGUACCCUGUGCUCCACCACGGAAGCCCUGCACCUGGCAGACCGGCAACACCCAUGGAUACAGUGAUGCGGGAGGCACCAACAGUCACGUCAGCGCCCACUGAGCGCGCCAACACGGGGGCUAGCGCCAGUCCAUCUCUUCGCAACUUGUUACAUUAG